UAUAAAAGCUCAUGCAGACCAGCUGAGCAAGUAUGUCCAGGUGACUACAGGAGAUUUUGAGAAAUACAUCGACUAAUGGAAAACUAUUCAAAGAUGAUGCAGUGUUUGAAAGCUGUCAUCGUCGUCUUAGUUUGUUCAGUCCUGCUUACUCAGAUACACUGUGCCUCACUGCAUCCUCAAAACUCUCAGCUGGUAAGGCAGAAGAGAAUGACACCUUUCUGGAGAGAGAUGUUGAGGCCACUUGGAGCACCAUGCAGAAACAACAAUGAUUGCAUCACAAGAAUAUGCAGGAACCAUCACUGCUCUUUAAGAACGGCACAGAAGUGAUUCUUCACUAAGAAAAUACCGCUGUUACUUUUGAUAAUGCUUCCAUUACUUUUGAUAAUGCUUACAGCGAUGGUAUAUUAUCACUUUUCCCGACAACACUCGCAUGUAUUUGAUGCUUUUCAGUUAAAGCUUCAGUUGUAUGGACAAUGCAAAAGGACUUUACAUAUACCAGAAGUAAAAACUGGUGUAAGCUAUACCUUUCCAUCGUGUUCCAAGGUAGGCCUUUAGUUUGGCUAAAGUAGUCUUAGCGUUUAUAUGGUUUUGUAUUUAUGUUUUUCUAUGCAAGAUAAGAAAGAUUUCUUUAAAACACACACAA